UGCUGCCUGCCGAGGAUGAGACGCUCCACGCCUCCUUCUCAACACGGGCCGCUCGCGCUCCUUCUACCAGCCCGUUUUGGUGAUUUACUUACUCAAGGCCCAUUCCCUGUUUCCGGUCCUCUUGGAGUUGGGCCGGCCUUCUUCCCACCUCCCGGCCGGAUCCGCCGCGCAGUUCCACCAGUUUCGCCUCCCGUCGCCGGCCCCGGCGAGCUCCGCCUCCUUGAUCUCCCCCGACCAGACCAGCAGCUUCCCCACUCCCCAGCCUCGCACGCCGUCCCCUUCGCCGGCGCCGUCAUGGCGUUCGGCAGACGGAGCCCCGGGUCCUCGCGGCACCGUCCCGCGCUCACCAUCGUCUCGGCGCUACUCCUCGCCUUCCUCUCCUCCGCCGCCGCCGCCGCGGCGGCGUCGUCGUCCACCGACGCGAUGCACAACAACAACUGGGCCGUGCUCGUGUGCACCUCCCGCUUCUGGUUUAAUUAUCGACACAUGGCAAAUACAUUGUCCCUUUACAGGACUGUUAAGAGAUUAGGAAUACCUGAUGAGCGAAUCAUACUUAUGUUGGCGGACGAUAUGGCCUGUAACCCUAGGAACAGCUAUCCUGCCCAAGUUUUCAAUAAUGAGAACCACCAGCUAAAUCUCUAUGGUGACAAUGUUGAGGUCGAUUAUCGAGGGUAUGAGGUGACAGUUGAAAAUUUCUUGAGAGUUUUGACAGGCCGACACGAAAGUGCUGUACCAAGAUCGAAGCGUCUCCUUAGUGAUGAAGGAAGUCAUAUACUUUUGUACAUGACUGGACAUGGUGGUGAUGAAUUUUUGAAGUUCCAAGAUUCUGAAGAGCUUCAGAGCCAUGACUUAGCAGAUGCUGUGAAGCAAAUGAAAGAGAAACAUAGAUUUAAAGAGCUGCUGAUAAUGGUAGAUACCUGCCAAGCUGCUACUCUCUUUUCGCAGCUUCAAUCACCUGGUGUUCUGGCGAUUGGUAGUAGCAUGAAGGGUGAAAACUCUUAUUCUCACCAUCUUGAUUCAGAUAUAGGUGUUUCUGUUGUGGAUAGGUUUACCUAUUAUACACUUGCUUUCUUUGAGAAACUGAACAUGUAUAGCAAUGCCUCACUGAACAGUCUUUUCACCUCAUACAAUCCUUCCAUGCUGAUGUCUACUGCGUAUUAUCGAAUGGAUCUUUAUGAGCGUCCCUUAAAUGAGGUGCCUGUGACAAAUUUCUUUGGAUCAGUCAUGAAGACUCUCCACACAGAUUCAGCCUACACAGGUUUCUUGGCUGCACAUGACAAUGAAACUCCCAUGGACAUCGGAGAUAAUCUAGAUGAUCAGUUCAUGUUAAAGGAUAGAGCUACCGCAAGAAGAUCAAACAUAGAAAAGGAGGCACAAUUAACGCCACAUGGAUGGACUGAAGUGCUGCUUGAACAGCUGGAGGGAAGGAAUACUGAUACUGUUGUGAUAUAUGGUCUGGGUGCUAUGGGUAUAUUGUUGGCACUUUCAACUUGGUUAUCAAUGUAGGCACUAAAAAGAGUUCUGUUCACACACUAUCCAAGAAUAACCCCCUCGCGACAGCCAGACAAAAAAAAAGAAUAUGGUUGUGAUUUUUUCUUUGUCUUGGUUUUUAGAUUAAUUGAGUAGAGUUCUCUACAAAUUGCUGUAUGUAGUUCUUUGGAAAUUACUAUAUUAUUACUCUGUUAACAUGAUUUUUUUGGGAAUGAUUUGUGUAUCACAUAUCUCCAUGGUUGUUUUU